UUUGUCACAGUCAUAGGUUGUUCGAAGUCUUCUAGAGAGGACAUACAACUUUGACAGUUGUACGCGAACAAGUUGACUGUACCAUGAUGCGCGGCGUGUUCUGGUUUAUUUCGAUCCUUUUGGUUGUCAUGGUGAUUGCAGAAGCCAGUGGAAAGACGAGAAGCAAGGCACCAUGCGGUACCGUCAAGGGCGUUCGCAAUAGGAAGCGACAACUCAUCGUCUUCAAACAUGGAAAGAAGUUCAGCCCAGCUCGUUUCUGUGGUGGCCGCAUUUUCCAUCCGCUGCAAGGUCUGCCGUUGUCGAUGGUCUGUAUGUAUGGCAAAUGGUACAACCAGGGACAAACGUAUGACAUCAACGCCAUCAUCGGAAAAGCCAAGUAUCCUUGCGAACGGAUAUUGUGCAAGGUACCAAUGACAUGGUUCGCAAGAUUCCAGGGGCUCUCAAAGAGUUACAGACCAGGCACGCAGCUUCACUUCACAUGUCCAGCAAUGCACAAGGCGUCAAAUGUGUUCAAACAACUAGGAGGAAAGAUCUUUUGUCAACGAGGGGGCAAUUGGAACAUAGGGGUUUUACCUCUUGGCGUCCUGUGCGAAGCGAUCACGUGCAAAUGGCCGCCACCAGAGCGACCAUUGACUCGUUUCAAAUACCCAGAUAAACGAGACAAGUUUAAUCUCAAGGCAAUCUACAUCUGUACCAAACGUCACGGUAUAAAAUGGUCGAAUGGGCGAUGGACCUACAAUCUGAAGAUUCCUUGCGACCACACGACCGGAAAAUGGCGGGAAAGUAGCCACCAAUGUGAAGCGUUGAGAUGCCAGCCUCCACCGAGUGACCUCGGCAAGGCUACGACCGCCAGCAAUGCUUCCGUGGUCACCGUCAGCUGCAAGGCUCCAUUCGUCUACAGCGAUGGCCAGACCACUGAUAGGUCCUACGAGUGCACCUACAACAAGCACGGCUCUGUUGGAUUCCAUAUUCCCGAUGACGUUUGCCAGCGUUGCCGCUCGCUUCCAAAGAUCCCAGAACACCUUGAAUACAGUCUCUCUGCGCAAAACACCCGGAUGGACUACAGGUGUGAGGCUGGGUACGAGUUCUAUGAUGGCAGAGCGAAGAGGAUAGCUCUCUGUACCGUCUACAAGGGCAGACAAGGCUGGAUACCAAACGAACUGGUCACUUGCCAUCCCGUAAUACCUAAGUGCCGUGACAUGCCGGAAGUUGAGCACGCCAUCGGUGAGAGGUCCGGAGUUGUUGGAACGUACACAUGUGAGAAAGGUUAUGUUUUCGACUACUACAGCGGCGAUCCAGUAAAGAAGGUCACGUGUGAUCCCAACAAAGGAUGGUCAGCUGUGACGUCAUGCGUCAAGGGGCAAGCUCGUGCCCGGUCCAAGCCGACACAAGCUCCACCACCUAGCACAGAGGACCCAGAAAACAUUUAUAAUUAUUUCUAGUUUCUAUCAUAAACGGGACAUUUAUGUAAUGUUACAAGUAGGCCUAGCUCUUAAAACCAGAACAAAAUGAUUAUUGUAAACUUAAAAGUCCAUUUCAAACGAGUAUAUUUUGGGAAUUUUGCUUCACAAGAACCUCAAUGGACAAUGUAAACAUGGCCAAAGAUAAAAUUGAUCGGUGUAAAACUAACACAAAAUCAAAAGUGGGUUAAAGGUCUGGUCCCUUUAAUUAGUAAUCAUCAUUAAAUACACAAUAUCUACAUUAUAUAGACAACAAGGAAAA